GGACCUAUGAUGUUUGAUGAUAGAGAGUGUAAUGGUAGCUUGCCAACAUUGUCUUCCAAUCCAUAUGCAUACACUAAGGUGGCAAACAUUAUAUUUGUAGAUUUCCCAGUAGGGACUGAAUUCUCGUAUGCAACUACAGCAAAGUCAAAUCAUUCAAAUAAUUUACAAGCAGGUGAUCACGCUUAUCAAUUUCUUCGUAAGUGGCUAAUAACUGAGCACCCGGAAUAUCUCAAUAAUCCUUUUUAUGUUGGUGGAGACUCAUAUAGUGGAAUUACUCUUCCUAUAGUUACCCAAGUGAUAUCAGAUG